AUGCCAUCUACUCCGAUUAGAUCGAUGGCGGUAGCGAGGCAGUCGGAUUUCGAUCAAGACGAUGCGGCGGUGGACUCGGUGGAUUCAUCCACCGUCAAAUUCGGUACACCGGAAGCGUUGGAGUACGUGCGCUCGCUGACGGACGUUGGCGCGAUGACGCGGCUUCUCCACGAGUGUAUCGCUUACCAGCGAAGCUUAGAUUCAGAUCUCGAGACGCUUCUAUCGCAGCGGACGGAGCUAGACGGAAACCUCGUUCAGCUUCAGGGAUCCGCGAAGAUUCUCGAUAUCGUGAAAGCGGAUGCAGAUCACAUGUUCGGGAAUGUUCGAUCGACCUGUGAUCUCGCGGAUCAGGUCAGUGGCAAGGUACGUGAGCUCGAUCUAGCUCAGUCGCGCGUGAAUGUAACUCUCUCCCGCAUAGACGCGAUCGUCGAGCGAGGGAACUGCAUCGAAGGCGUGAAGACGGCGUUGGAAUCGGAGGAUUACGAAUCCGCCGCGAAAUUCGUGCAGCGGUUUCUCCAGAUCGAUUCGCAGUAUAAGGAUUCUGGUUCCGAUCAGAGAGAGCAGCUUCUGGCGUCGAAGAAGCAGCUCGAAGGGAUCGCGAAGAAGAAGCUCAUGGCGGCGAUAGAUCAGAGGGAUCACCCCACGAUUCUGAGAUUCGUGCGAUUGUAUUCUCCACUGGGAAUGGAGGAAGAAGGUCUACAGCUCUACGUCGUUUACCUGAAGAAGGUGAUUGCGAUGAGAGGGAGGAUGGAAUACGAAAACGCGGUUGAAAUCAUGGAGCAAGGACAUGGUCAGGUAGAUUUCGUCGAGUGCUUGACCAAUUUGUUUAGAGACAUUAUCAUGGCUAUUGAAGAGAACGAUGAGAUCUUGAGAGGUCUCUGCGGAGAAGAUGGUGUUGUGUAUGCGAUUUGCGAAUUGCAAGAGGAAUGUGACUCUCGAGGCUCUUUGAUAUUGAAGAAGUACAUGGAGUAUAGGAAGUUAGCAAGAUUGGCUUCUGAUAUCAACAACUCUCCCCAUUUGAAUCUCCUCGCUGGUGGUGCAUCUGAAGGACCAGACCCGAAAGAAGUUGAAUUAUAUGUUGAGGAGAUCGAUAAACUGAUGAACAUGGGUGAGGGUUACACCGAGUACAUGGUGUCGAAGAUCAAGUCUUUGACGUCUGUAGAUCCUGAGCUGUUGCCGAGAGCUACAAAGGCGUUUAGAAACGGAAGUUUCAGCAAAGUGAUUCAGGACGUGACUGGAUUCUAUGUGAUACUAGAAGGGUUCUUCAUGGUUGAGAAUGUGAGGAAAGCUAUAAGGAUCGAUGAGCAUGUACUAGACAGCUUCACCACUUCAAUGGUGGAAGAUGUGUUCUACGUUUUGCAGAAAUGUCUUAGCAGAGCGAUUGCGACUUCAAACAUCAGCUCUGCGAUUGCUGUGCUGAGUAAUGCUGGUAGUUUGCUGGGUAACGAUUACCACGAAGCGUUGCAGCAGAAGAUUAGAGAGCCGAAUCUCGGUGCUAGGUUGUUUCUGGGUGGUAUCGGUGUGGAGAACACUGGCACUGAGAUUGCAACUGCUUUGAACAACAUGGAUGUGAGCUGCGAGUAUGUUCUCAAACUCAAACAUGAAAUCGAGGAGCAAUGUGCUAAGUCACAGGUGUUUCCUGCACCAGCAGACCGAGAGAGGAUAAAGUCGUGUCUAUCAGAGUUAGGAGAGUUGAGCAAUACGUUCAAGCAAUUACUCAACUCGGGAAUGGAGCAGCUAGUAGCAACAGUGACGCCAAGGAUCCGUCCGGUUCUAGACACUGUAGCUACCAUAAGCUACGAGCUGACGGAAACCGAGUACGCAGAGAACGAAGUGAACGAUCCGUGGGUGCAACGGCUUCUCCACUCGGUGGAAACGAACGCUGCGUGGCUACAACCUUUGAUGACAUCAAACAACUACGACUCGUUUCUGCAUCUUAUAAUUGAUUUCAUUGUGAGGAGACUUGAAGUGAUAAUGAUGCAGAAACGGUUUAGCCAGCUUGGUGGGCUUCAGCUUGACCGAGACAUGAGGGCUUUGGUUAGCCAUUUCUCCGGUAUGACUCAGAUCACAGUGAGGGAUAAGUUCGCUCGGUUAACUCAAAUGGCGACGAUACUCAACUUGGAGAAAGUCUCAGAGAUUUUGGACUUUUGGGGAGAGAACGCUGGACCCAUGACUUGGAGACUCACGCCGGCUGAAGUUAGACGGAUCUUGGGUUUGCGGGUCGAGUUUAAACCCGAGUCCAUUGCUGCUCUCAAGCUUUGA